AUGGUCGGUAGAAAUACGACGAACAAAAAUGCACCGUCGUAUUUAUUCGAUGCCUCACAAGAGCAGUAUCUGACUCCACCUCUACAACCACUACCAAAUACGUCUCCAACUCCAACACGUGUAAAUGUUGGUGAGAUGAGCACUCCGUUGGGCAAUUUAAGUGAGCGAAUGACGAGUGCUUUGGAUCAGACACAAGUGGAUGCACUCAUAAAGCGUUAUUUGGACAAUGGUCAGUUCAAAACAGCAAUGUUUUGGGCCGAUAAACGUCUCGUGUUAAGUCGAAAGAAAGAUCGACCGUUAUCGUUGGUUGAUGUUGCUGAGUUCAUCAAGAAAGGUUUUAAUUUUCCAACAGAACCGGUGGUACCGUUUAUGGCGUAUCUGUAUAAAACGAAAUCAUUCCUUCCGAGUGAGGAAGAAUCUCGAAUUUUGGAUAAAAUGUCUUCUGAUCUAAAGUUGGAGGCAGCGUUGUUGAUUUUGUUGGGGAAAACGUAUUUGAUGACACAAAAUCGACAGUCAGCGCGUUUGUGUUUACAAAGUGCUUUAAAGAAGGAUUGUUGUGCUGUUGAGGCGAUGGAAAUUAUUCACAAAUACGACUUGUUACCAAAACGGAAUUUUGAUGAAAUUAUCGAUAGGUUUCCAUAUGGGGAAUGUGGUAUUCCGAAUGCAUUGGUGCACUUCCCCAUUAUGGACGGUCGAAAGGAGAUAAAAAAU